AAAGAAAGCUUUUUUCCCUCAUUUUCUUUGCAAUUACACCAUGAAAGCUUCUGAAAUUCCUUCUUCAUCUCAACACCUUCUUGAAAAUGAAGAACAACCCACUACCCUCACCCCUACCCCCACCCCCACCAAAAACUCCAAGAAAUUAGCUCUUAUACCACUUAUUUUCAUCAUCUUUUUUGAGGUAUCUGGUGGCCCUUAUGGUGCAGAAGCAGCAAUUGGGGCAGCUGGACCUCUUCUUGCAAUUCUUGGAUUUCUGAUUUUCCCAUUUAUUUGGAGUGUCCCUGAAGCUCUUGUAACUGCUGAACUUGCUACUACUUUCCCAGGUAAUGGGGGUUUUGUUAUUUGGGCUGAUAAAGCUUUUGGACCCUUUUGGGGUUCUUUAAUGGGUUCUUGGAAAUUACUUAGUGCUGUUUGUAACUUAGCUUCUUACCCUGUUCUUUGUUUAGAUUACAUUAAAUUGAUUUACCCAAUUCUUGAUUCUGGUUUACCUAGAUAUAUUGCUAUUUUCUUCAUAUCUAUGUUCUUGUCAUUCUUGAAUUACUUAGGUUUGUCUAUAGUUGGUUACACUGCUGUUGUUCUUGGUGUGCUUUCCCUUUGCCCCUUUUGGUUAAUUACAUUGUUUUCAAUUCCAAAAAUUGAUCCUAGUAGAUGGUUGAGUUUAGGCCAAAAGGGUGUUAAAAAAGAUUGGAACUUGUUCUUUAAUACCCUUUUUUGGAACUUGAAUUUUUGGGAUAAUGCUAGUACUUUAGCUGGUGAAGUUGAACAACCUCAAAAGACAUUUCCUAAAGCACUUUUUUCAGCUGGGAUUGUUACAUGUAUUAGUUACGUGUUGCCGCUUUUGGGUACUAGUGGUGCUGUCCCUUUGGAACAAGGUGAGUGGAUUGAUGGUUAUUUUGCUAAUUUGGCUUCUAUGAUUGCUGGAAAUUGGUUGAAGUAUUGGAUGGAACUUGGGAUUGUUCUGUCUGUGAUUGGUUUGUAUGAGGCUCAGUUGAGUAGUUGUGCUUACCAAAUUCUUGGAAUGGCUGAGAUGGGGUUGUUGCCUCGGGUUUUUGGUGUAAGAUCAGAAUGGUUCAACACACCUUGGGUUGGGAUUCUUGUACCAACACUAGUAGCAUUGGUUGUGUCCUACAUGACAUUCACGGACAUUGUGUCAUCUGUGAAUUUCUUGUAUAGUCUCGGGAUGCUGUUAGAGUUUGCAUCGUUUUUGUGGUUGAGGAGGAAGAUGCCUAAAGCUAAGAGGCCGUAUCGAGUGCCAUUGUCAAUGCCAGGACUGUUGGUGAUGUGCUUCAUUCCAUCUUGUUUUCUGGUUUAUGUUAUGUUUGUUGCUCAUAGCACCGUGUAUAUAGUCAGUGCCUUGCUCACUGUUUUCGCCAUUGCUUGGUACUUCUUCAUGGAGUUUUGUAAAACCAAGAUGUGGUUUGAUUUUGAAACUGUUGAUCAACACAAAGUUGAUGAUGAGAUAUUUUGAUCCACCGAGUUUCAAAC